AUGAAAACUUACUCAGAAGCUGUUGUAGAGAGACUUCUGAAGUUUGACUUUUUUCUUUUCCCACAUUAUCGAUAUUAUGUUCGGGAAAUGAGAAUUGUGGCAUAUGCACAGUUACUGGAAUCGUAUCGAAGCUUGUCUUUACCGUCAAUGGCGAAGUGCUUUGGUGUGACAGUUGAUUUUAUUGAUCGAGAAGUGUCUCGCUUCAUUGCAGCAGGGCGUUUACAUUGCAAGAUUGAUAAAGUAGGAGGAGUCGUAGAGACGAACCGUCCGGAUUCAAAAAACUGGCAGUACCAAGCUCUUAUUAAGCACGGCGACUUGUUACUCAACAGAGUGCAAAAGUUAUCACGAGUCAUUAAUAUCUGA